AUGGAGGUGCUUAAGGAACUCCCCAAGUCGGGGCUUGACGCACUCCGGAAGGCGUUCCUGCUGCGCGAACGCGUGGGUGGCUUGACGGCGGAGGAGUUCGAGGAGGCGCUCUUCCGCGUGUGUGACGCCCACGAGACGCCCACAACCCCCGCUGACGCCGAGCUGCGGAAGGUGUUCGCCAGCAUCGACGUACUUGGACUUGGCCGGAUUUCCUGGGACGCGUUCUCCAUGUACGCCAUCGACUCCCUUCGAGGGCGUGUGCACCGGGUGGUGACCGGCGGAGAGGCGAAGACGGAGGAGGAUGAGGAUGAGCCGUUCCGCCCCUUUCACGUGGAGCAGCUCAUGUCGAAGGUCCACGCGGGGUGCGUGCACGAGGUGCGUAUGCUGCCUGUGAUUGACCGGGUGAUGCUGGUCACCACGGCGGCCGGCGGUCGUUGCACGAUGAACCUCUGCGAGGCGGCGCAGAAUCUCCCGCUGUCUGGCAUCAUCCGUCUGGAGUCGGGUGUGCCGCUUGCGUGGGAAUUCGUUCCGCAGAAGGCGGGGGGUGGAGUGGGCAGCAGCGUUGCCUGCUCCCACAACGGGGGGCUCGUGCAAUUCUUCAGCACCGCAAAGAGAAGCCGCCUCCAUCGCUACUUGGAUAAGUACUGGCAGAUGAGUCUCGCGGAAACGCAAAGCGCCCUGCACUGGGUUCCGUGCAUCAACCGCCUCGCGAUGGGUAGUCGCGGUGGCCUAGUGACGCUCUGGGAUAUGCAGGAUCAAACACAGGUGCUGCGCAGGCGACUCACGCAGAAGUGCAUCACCUCAAUGCAGAGUUGGCGGCAGCUGCUCUACGUGGCAAGCCUGGAUGCCCAUGCGGCUGUCCAGUGCCUGGACCUCGAGCACAACACCGUGCAGUACACCUUCAAUGACCACAGUAUGGGCGGUGCGAUGCAGUUGCUGGUGGAUGACAAUUUUAUGUUUUCCUCUGGAUUCGGACGCGGCAUCGUGCAGCGGGUGCUUGCCCUUCCGAAGUCGAGGCCCGUAGCUCUGUACGACGCCGCAUUUCCGCAUCAAGGCUGUAUUACAGCCCUGGAGCGCCUGAGUGGCACCCCGCUGCUGGUAUCGGGGGAUGCGCAGGGAAAUCUGAAGUUCUGGGACCUACGCAUGGGCGCCUGCGUGCAAACCAUCAGGGGCCGAAAGGCACCCGCCGGCGGCGACAGUCACACGCUCCCGGCCGUAGUAGAUGGCACCCAUGCCCACUCCGCGGCCCCUGUGCGCAGCAUCUGUCACCUCGACUUUUUCGGAAAACUGGUUGUUGCAACUGCGAAGGAGUUGCUCGUUGUCACUUCCGAUGCGUCCAUCUGCCCGGCGCUCGUCGACGACAGUCACGUCUGCCGCUCUGUGUUUUUCCCAAACCCUGAGUUUUUCCUCACCGUGCACCUCGCUUCCGUCAAACUGUGGUGCAUCUCCACAGGCAUGCUAGUCCGAUGCAGUGAACCGAACAUUACAAAGUUUGAAGUCACGUCGUGCUGCAUGGUGGAGCCGCUCAACCAGCAGUUGCUCUUGGGAACCGUGGGGGGCGAGGUGGCGGCCUUUUCUGUGGUCCUGCUGCAGCUGACGGUGAACCUGACGCCCGCCAUUGAACCCUACAUUCGGGGGACGGAGGUCACAGCUCUGCACACGGUGCCGAGGUACCGCGGGCGGCACACACCCUACGUGCUGGUUGCAACAUCCUCCACGCUUCUCCUCGCACCGGUCCAUCCAGCCUGCGGCCCGGAGUCCGUUAUCGGGCUUCAAGGAAUCGUGCAUCGGCUUCUGCCUUGGAAGCAAACCAUUAAGGCGUUGACAGUCACGGAAACCCAUUUUAUUCUGGCGACGUCAGAUGCGCGUGUACACUGUGUCACCUACCGGGACCAAGCCUCUCUCACCCACACUUUUCACAUGUCAGCCGCUGUAGAGGCUAUCGUUGCACGGCCCGCGCUCAUGCUGAGGCGACCCUCUGAGGCGGGCACGACACCGAAGGGCGUUCAGUCCAGCGAAGUCGUUGUCUUUUUUGCGGAUUUCUCCGGCCGUGUGCACAUUGCAACGAUCCGGCGAGGCUUCCCGGGCAUGAGGGGUAAACACGCAACGGGGGAGCUCGUGGGGCCGACGGAGCAGCGUGGGCGGCAUCAUUCGCAAUUUUUCGGGGAGGUGAUCGGCAGCUGGCUCCCACACAAGCGUGAGAGCUGGGUGGAGGGCGGGUCGGUGGAGGCCUUGCGGCAACAGGACCCUGGGCCCUUCCCCGUGCUGAGUAGAGCGCGGCCCUCUUUUAGUGUUAACUGUGCAGGAAAUCCAUCCCAUUCGUUGAACACGGAGCCGCGAGUCGGUACACCUGGCAUGCCUGCACUAGAUACAGUGACAGGCCGCGACGUUAGCAUCGUGCUCCUGGAGCAGUACAGUGUGCUGGUGACCGCGGAUGACGAGGGCAUCGUGCGUCUGUGGGACGUGGGCAGCGCCGUGGCACACUGCCUGGAUGAAGAAAUCGCGGAUCCCCCCGUGCUCAUCACCCUCUGGCGACUGUUAGACAGAGAAGUCAUCUUCUUUGGCACCACCAGACACCCGACGCUGAAUCUGCCGCUGCUCUUGGCGGCGACGGGGGAUCUGGUGCUCACGAUUUGGUCGGCGGACGGAGCCGUGCUAGGGACGCUGUCGACGGGCCGCGAGGUGGACGAGGCCUCCGGCGGGCGCCGAUUCGGCCUGCUGCCAUACAAGCUGCUGUCGCCGGACACAACCGGGGCUCUGUGGGCGAAGUUUCUGGCCUACAUGGAGCGGGCGGCCGCGGCGGAGGCGGCGCCGGUCAGUCGACUGCGCGCAAGCCGACGCUCGACCUUCACCCCCAGCAUUUUGCUUCGCGGGGAGGCAGCGGUGGGGCAACGCCUCUCGCAAAUAAACGCCCCACGCUCCCAGCGGCCGUCGUGUCGGCCGCUACCGUCCAUUUUUCUGCCCCAUUUGGUCUCUGCGACGUUCACAGCCUUUUCCCGCACCCCGCGGGAUAGUGUUUGCCCGCAGAGCUCCAUCCACCCUGGGAAGGACAAAAUUGGCGACCCGAAGACGCCCAGCAGAUCAAUUGUAAAGCCCAGCUACCAGGGCCUCAUCACGCGCACCACGUCGCCUUUCUCGCUCAGACGCACCGGUGCCACCUUCCCUCCCCAUUGA